GCUCUGGGGGCGAGUGCAGGUGUGGAGGAGGAGAAGGAGGAGAAGGAGGUGCGCUCGCAUAUUUCUUUCAAAGGCAAGAAGAAGAAGGAGAAAGAGAAGGAGAAGGAGAAAUUCUGUGGAGAAGCCUUCGGCGCUUCAGAACCCGGACAGCGGCGCUGCCUUGGCGCGCAAGGGCGGACUGAGGCGAAGAGGCAGCGACUUGUGGCGAGCGGUGGGAACCGAGCGCACGGGAGCAGCUGACGCGGCAGGGCAGGGACAUGGCCGCAGGUGGUGGUGGUGGAGGCGAUGGAGCCCUCCCGGAUCUCAGUCGCUAUGUGGUGUCCCGUCCCGUGUACAAUGAGCCUACCUUUCAAGAGGAGAAUGAGAGGAAAUUGGUGGUGCCCAAAACACUCCGGGAACGAGUCCAGAAAACUUGCAGCUGUUCAAGAAGAAAAGCCAUUCAGAUAACCAAGACCUUGUUCCCUAUUUUGGAAUGGCUGCCCAAGUACAGAGUGAAGGAAUGGCUCCUCAGCGAUAUAAUUUCUGGUGUCAGUACAGGACUUGUGGCUACUUUACAAGGCUUGGCGUAUGCACUACUGGUUGCAGUUCCUGUUGGAUAUGGUCUCUACUCUGCUUUUUUCCCCAUCCUGACAUACUUCUUCUUGGGAACAUCAAGACACAUCUCAGUUGGACCUUUUCCAGUGGUCAGUUUGAUGGUGGGCUCAGUAGUACUGAGCAUGGCACCUGAUGAAAAAUUCCACAUGGUCAGCAGUAACGUGACAGGGCUGAACCAAACAGUUAUAGAUAUCACAUCAAGAGAUGCAGAGAGAGUGCUCAUUGCCAGCACCAUCACUUUUUUGGUUGGAAUUCUCCAGCUAGUGUUCGGAUUUCUUCAGAUUGGCUUUAUUGUGAGAUAUCUUGCUGAUCCACUGGUUGGGGGUUUUACAACUGCUGCAGCAUUUCAAGUGUUUGUUUCACAGCUGAAGAUAGUCUUAAAUGUCCCAACCCAAAACUACAAUGGGAUCCUUUCCAUAAUCUAUACCCUUAUUGAUAUAUUUAAAAAUAUUGGACUCACCAACAUUGCUGAUCUCAUUGCUGGCCUGCUGACCAUCGUUAUUUGUAUGGUAGUCAAGGAAAUAAAUGAUCGGUUCAGACACAAGAUCCCUGUUCCUAUUCCUAUAGAAGUGAUUGUGACAAUAGUCGCCGCUGGCAUUUCAUAUGGUGUUGACCUGGAGAAAAAGUACAAUGCAGGCAUUGUUAAAUCUAUUCCCAGUGGAUUUUUGCCUCCCGAACCUCCAGCGGUCAGCAUGUUUGGGGACAUGAUAGCAUCUGCUUUUUCCAUUGCCAUUGUUGCUUAUGCAAUAGCUGUGUCUGUGGGCAAAGUGUAUGCAACCAAAUAUGACUAUGCUAUUGAUGGAAAUCAGGAAUUUAUUGCCUUUGGGAUCAGCAAUAUUUUUUCAGGGGCCUUCUCUUGCUUCGUUGCCACCACUGCUCUGUCCCGCACAGCAGUCCAAGAAAGCACUGGUGGGAAAACCCAGAUUGCUGGAAUAAUCUCAGCUGGAAUCGUACUGAUUGCCAUUGUAGCCUUGGGGAAACUGCUUGAACCUUUGCAGAAGUCUGUGUUGGCAGCUGUGGUCAUUGCCAACUUGAAAGGGAUGUUCAUGCAAAUAUUUGAUGUACCCCGUCUGUGGAGGCAGAGCAAGGCAGAUGCUAUGAUCUGGGUUUUCACAUGUGUAUCGUCCAUCAUUCUGGGACUAGAUUUGGGGUUACUUGCUGGUCUGGUGUUUGCACUGCUGACGGUUGUCCUGAGAGUUCAAUUUCCUUCCUGGGGUAGCCUUGGCAGCGUUCCUGGCACAGACCUAUAUAAGAACAUAAAAGAAUACAAAAAUGUGGUUGAACCAGAAGGAGUGAAGAUUCUCAAAUUUUCAAGUCCAAUCUUUUAUGCUAACAUUGAUGGCUUGAGAAGCAGCAUCAAAUCCACUGUGGGAUUUGAUGCCAUGCGGGUAUAUAACAAGAGGCUAAAGGCUCUGAGGAAGAUACAGAAGCUAAUCAAGAAGGGAAAAUUGAAAGCGACCAAAAAUGGUAUCAUCAGCGAUUCUGGUAGGACUAAUGAAGCAUUUGAAUUUGAUGAGGACCCAGAAGAUCCUGAAGAUCUUGAUGUUCCAACUAGAGAAGUAGAAAUUCAGGUGGACUGGAAUGCAGAACUCCCCGUCAAAGUCAAUGUUCCCAAAGUGUCUCUUCACAGUCUGAUUUUCGACUUUGGAGCUGUAUCUUUCAUGGAUGUAGUAGCAGUGAGAGUUAUGAAAACAAUUGUCAAAGAAUUUGAAAGGAUUGAUGUGAAAGUGUACAUCGCGUCACAUUUAGAGCACAUUAUCAAAACACUGGACCACUGUGCAUUUUUUGAUGAUAGCGUUCAAAAGGAUAUGUUUUUCCUGACUGUGCAUGAUGCCGUACUCCACAUACAGAAUGAGAGCAUGCAGAGAGACAUCCAGGAUCCUAUAUUUGAAAAGAUUUCACUAAUGCAGGAGUCAAAGGAACCGAUAGAAUUCACAGAAACAAACCAGAACGAAGAGCUUGAUGUUCAGGAAGAGGCUAUGCGUAGGCUUGCUUCAUGAAGGAAGGAUAUUGAAUUUAUCGUAUUUGUGAACUCUGACAAACCGGAACCAAUAUUAAAAGCGUAUUUAUCAUUGAAACGAUUUACUUUGCACUAGAAGAAAAUAUUUAACUUAUGCUACCGGUGUCCCAGACUCUAAUUUCUCUUUUUACAUAGUAUUCUUUGAUUAAUAUUAUUUGGUAAAUUUGUAUCUAAAUUACUUAGGAAAUGAAAAUUUCAUUAUAGAUAUAGCAAAACUGGCUCCUAGCUUCUAAGUGAGGAGGACACAUGCACAACUGUAUUUGUGUCCUAAUUUUAUUCCAAUGUACAUAACCAAAAACAAGAAGCAAAGAAAGAAAGAAAGAAAGAAAGAAAGAAAGAAAGAAAGAAAGAAAGAAAGAAAGAAAGAAAACAACUUGAUAUGAAUUUGGAAGAAUUUGCAAUCCUAAACUUAUUUACAUGAGAGUAAGCAUCACUGAGUGCAAUGGGACUCCUUCUGAGCACACAUUUGUUUAGGAUUACGUUCUAAGGUUCUGUUUGUUGAAUACAAAGCAGAAUGUGAUGUCUCUAUUUCUCAGGGGUACCUUUAGGAUCUACUGCCAUAAAGGCAAUACUAUUUAUGACAAAUAAAUAAUGCAAUAAUAAGUACUACCGUAGGAAUCUUUUUUCCUGGAGAGCAACAGUGAGCUCUAAGUUGCUAACACAAAAGUAUGCAUAAAAAUGCUUGGGAUACACCAAUCAUUUAUUUCUGAGCUGGUGAUCUGAUGCCUUAACUCAUUAGUUUAAGAUAUGCCUUGCAGUCUCAGGUGAUGUUCAAAUUUCUUGGAUGAUUUAAACCAGCAGUGGCAAAUCUUUUUGGAACGUGUGUUCUAAGUCAAAUCCAAAUAAUAAGACAGUUCCAUUUCUAGUUUGUACUGUUAUGGUACAUACCUGGUGUUCCCAUUGCGCUGCUCCAUGCGUUGGUGUAUUUUUGCCCCUUGUGUACCAAAUCAUGGAGGGAGGGCAAUUGCACAAAUUUGGAAGGACAGGCCUGGAGCCCAGGUUUCACUCUGUGCCAUACUAGACUCAAGGACUUUAUUUACCUGCUCAGGUAUGCCACAGACUCUUGGUUCCUGUGGCACCCAUGCUGCAGUGUGGCUACCCGUAGCUUCAGUCUUGUUAAUCGGCCCUGCCUCUUUUAAACCAUUAAUCAACACAAUAUUCCAGCAAAUAACAAAUAUUCAUUCUGCUAUUUAAAAAAAAAUCAUUUAUGAUAUAUCUGGAAUGAAAUACUACUUUCCUGCAUAUCCCUAAAUGUAGCUACAUGAGCAAAUAAGCAUUUAGAGUGAAGUCUGCUAUAAAGGGCAUAUAAUGACAGUUCUCGGUACAAUUAUCUGAACUUAAAAUGUCGGAUUAAAAUAUUGGUAAUACUUUUUUUAAAAAAAUGUACAGCUAAUAAUAAUAACUAGAGAUAAACAAAAGAACAACUAAUCACCAAAGCAUUCUAACAGCACGUAUUUUGUGUUAGUGAAUAGUUUUUUUGGUCACUUCUGUGGUUUGAGGAUCAAAAUCCAAUAUUUCCUAAGCCACCUAUCACGUGUGUAUCUAAAAAAAAGUGCCACUCUUACAAGUGCCUUAUUAUGUGAAAACAAAUUCCAAUUAAUGGUUCUGCUGAAUUCACUUAACAGCAUGAAGGAAGAAAACUGUCAGUAUAUUUCUCAACAGCUAUACAAGACCACCAUCUCAUUCAUAAAUAAUGUAUGUAUGAUGUAUAUGUCUAUAUUAAAAAUAAUAAAUGUU